UUAAACUGUUUCGAUUCGUCGGGAAUAUCUCAAAUUUUAGAAUGUAAAUACAGUUGGAGGAGAAGGAGUUGAUGCGUUAUAGUUGAGGGGCCUGAAGCAAUGCUAUCUUUGUUUUGACGAAACAUAGCAAACUUCGAUUGACCGUAGUACCUUGGCGAGACAGUAUACCAAGUUGGACGAGAUAUUCAAUGGGUUUCUUUGGACAAGUGGGCUUGGACAGGCUCCAGCCCAAUAUCCCAUCUAAAAAGCCCAUUUUUUGCCUUCAAUGAGCCAAAGCCCAUCGGUAAACCCGGUCCCUUAAACCCUUCCCUCUUUCCUUGGUUCUUCUCUCUCGCUCGAAUCCCAGCACAGCAGUAGCUGACUGCACUCUUCCUGUUCUUCGCUCCCACUUUCUCCACCAGCUCCUCCAGCCCUCGUCUCUUUUCUUCGGUACCGAUUGUCGAAGGAAAUAUUGAAUGGGCAGUGCCAUUUUGGCGGAUAGUUUUGAAGGAUUCAAGUUAGCAGAGUGGAGCUAAUAAAAUCUUUCCUCUCAAGACAGGUGGCUAUUUUCCUAAUUAAGAGACGAGAAUUGCAAUGAGAAAGAAUGAUGUCAAUGAACAAUGUGUACAAGCUCCACGCUUGGUUCAUCAAGAUUGGCUGCGACAACCACCCUACGUCCCUUGGACGCCUUCUUCUUGGGUGCACUGCCACAUCAUACCCUGAAAGCUUAACCUACGCUCGCUCUCUCUUCUCCCACUUUCCCUUUCCGGACACCUUUGCUUACAACAGAAUCAUUAGAGCCCAUGCAGCAGCCCCCUCAUCUUGUUGUCAUGCACUCUCCUUCUUUACCCAAAUGCGUCACCAAGGUGUCCCACCGGAUAACUUCACCUUCCCGUUUCUUCUCAAGGCUUGUGCUCGCCUUCAACAGGGUCAAGACCUUCAUGCACACAUUCUUAAGCUUGGCUUUGAUUCAGACAUAUAUGUUCAGAAUGCAUUAGUUAGUUUAUACGGGGGUUGUGGGUCAAUUGAGCUUGCAAUGAAUGUGUUCCAUGCAAUGGGCGAAAGAGACUUGGUUUCUUGGUCUUCCAUGAUGUCUUGUUUUGUCAACAAUGGCUUUGCAUACGAAGCUCUUGCUUUGUUUCAGCAAAUGCAGCUUGCAGAGAAUCUGAUGCCAGAUGAGGUUACCAUGCUCAGUGUGAUAUCUGCCAUUUCAAGCUUAGGGGAAAUGGAAUUGGGUCAGUGGGUUCAUAAAUUUAUUUACAGAAGUGGGCUAGAACUUACAGUUCCAUUGGGUACAGCGUUGAUUGACAUGUAUUGGAGAUGUGGGUCCAUUGAUAAAUCUAUCAGAGUCUUCAAUGAAAUGCCAUUCAAGAAUGUAAAUGCAUGGUCAGCAUUGAUUAGUGGCUUUGCAGCGCACGGCCGCAGUAGAGAAGCCCUUAGAAUCUUUUAUGAGAUGAAAAGCUCUGGCUUGCAGCCAGAUCAUAUUUCUAUAACUGGGGUUUUAGUGGCUUGCAGUCAUGGUGGCCUUGUUGAGGAUGGCUGGAGAGUUUUCAAAAGCAUUGGGGAUGAGUACGGCAUGGAGCCAACACUUGAGCAUUAUGGUUGUAUGGUUGACCUGCUUGGCCGGGCCGGCAUGCUUCACAAAGCGUACAAGUUCAUUGAGAAGAUGCCAAUAAUGCCAAAUUCGGUAAUUUGGAGGACUUUGCUAGGAGCAUGUGUUAGUCAUAACAAUCUUGUGUUGGCUGAGAAAGUGAAGGAGAGGGUCCACAAGCUAGAUCCUUAUCAUGACGGCGAUUAUGUGCUUUUAUCGAAUGCUUAUGGCGAAGCUGGUAGAUGGGUUGAAAAGGCAAAGGUUAGGAAUUCAAUGAGAGAAAAGAGAAUUAACAAGAAACAUGGCUAUAGUUUUAUCAACGUAGACCAAGUCAUUCAUGAGUUUGUAUCAGGGGGUAAUUCUCAUCCCAGGUCGGAUGAUAUUAGAGAGUUCUUAGAUAGCAUAAUUGAAAGUAUAAGAGACACGGGGUAUACUCCCCAUACGAAAAAUGUGCUACAUGACAUUGAAGAGGAGGAGAAGGAGCAAUGUCUUAAUUAUCAUAGUGAGAAAUUGGCCGUGGCUUUUGCACUCCUGAAUGUCAAGGAUAGCACGACAAUAAGAGUCAUGAAGAACCUUCGGAUUUGUCAUGACUGUCAUUCUUUCAUGAAGCAUAUUUCGGCCAAAUUUGGUAGAGAAAUCAUCAUUCGUGAUCGCAGACGAUUCCAUCACUUUGUUCAGGGAUCGUGUUCUUGUCAGGAUUAUUGGUGAUAGAUGGUCCAAUCCAGCUCUUCUCUUCCCUUGUAAUAUCAUCUAUCAGACUGCUCGUAAAUUUUCUUGACCCUCGUUUCUCUUUGUGAACACAUAUUUGAUAUUUCUUUGUGAACACAUUUAAUUCCUACAUUCUGCGUUUAUGGAUAUGGUAUUACAAUCUUUGACUCGUAUGAGCCUUCAGCUAUAUACACAUUGCACUAUUGAAGCUUUAGUUAAACUCCAUAAUCUUAUAGUCAAGCUGCAUGACUGAGGUUUCAGUCCCCAUCAUCUUAAUGCGUCUCAGCAUAUGCAAUUUCCAGAGUGAGAGAAUUUUAGUAUUGCAUCAGAGAGCCUUUUCUUUAUUGAUAUUUAUCCGUUUGAUUAUGCUUUCAAUUUGUGAUAUUUUAUAUUAAUCAGACCUUGUUUUUUCAACAGCAGAUUGCGAAAAGUAAUCUAUAGGAGGAAUCAAUCCAAUCCAGUCCAAUCCAAUCCAUAGGAGGUGCCGUGUUCCCUAAGCUAAAACUGAAAACAUAAUCAAACGGAUUGUUACCCCAGAUAUAUAUCCGUGUCCAUCAAGACCUGGAUUCAUGAACUUCAAUAAUCCUUUGUUUAAUAUCUUCUUGAUGAUUCGGUGCCCUUGGUUCUUCCUGCUUUCAUCUCAAAUGAAGACAGAGUUCAUAAUAAUCAAGAGGAGGAAGAUAAUUAUCAGGUUUCAGAAGGAUAUGGUUACGAGUCAAAGAAGCCUCUGUUUCCCCCUUCUUUCGCUGAACUUGAGUUGGAGAUGAAGGAAUCAAUCCAACCCAUAGGAGGUGCCUUGUUCCCUAAUCUAAACUGGAGUGCACCAAAAGACUGCUUGAACCAGCACAACUCUCAGAUGCUCCUCAUCAUUGUGAUUGCACUGCUGUUAUUCAUGCAUCAAGACCCGAUGCAGCGACAAAACCUCAUCAGGUCCCAAGAGUUUCUUCCUUGCACUUUGUAAGGGCACCAAUCCCUUCAGCCAGAGAUGGAAUUCUUCUGCUUUGUACGGAGUCAGAAUCUAGUCGGAAUUCCAAUGUGAGGUUACUGCCUUUUGCCCUGCUCUCCCUCAGAAGAUGAUCUUUGAGCAUUGAUCAAAGAGUAUAUUUACGGAGAACUUGAGAUCAACACAUUUGAAUCAGAAAAUUACACCUUUGAUGUGAGCGACGAAGGAUGAACAAUUCAACGCACGACGUGCAUUUUUUUCCUGGUACCUCUGAUGCUUACCUUGAAGUAAUUGGAUCAGAAUCAUGAUGAACAAGAGGAAGAAGGGAGAAGGAAAGGCAAACGAAGGAAAGUUUUGUUUCAUACAGACUCAAAUCAGAUUGGUAGCUUUUUCUUAUUCAGGACAUGCGUGUUUACACAAUUUUUAGUCUCUUUGUUCCCUUAUUACGUUGGAUCUAUAGAUUAACAUAAAUGAAUGAUUGAUUGAUAAUCCAA